AUCAGGAUACAGUCAGUCCGCUGAGUGUGGACCCCAGGAGCCCCGACGGGACGAUCCAGCCCUCAGGCUCUGCCCCGAGCCUCAAACUCUGCGUCUACCUGCGGACAUGGAUUAAAGGAGCGGGGACAGUCAGCUUCAAGCCCGGGGCCCCCCUCCCCCCUGCGUUGGCCAGGCAGAGUAAUGGCUUCUCGGCUGCUGGACCGUCUGAAACGCUCGCUGUUUAAAGACGGUCAGGGGACGGGAACCGAGCAGGAGGCAGGAGGUGGGCAGGAAGAGGACGAGUUUAAUGAGGACCGCUGGGAGGCAGAGCUGGCAGAGGAGGAGGAGUGUGUGACUGAUCGACUCGGGGGGACGCUGUGCUUCGACAGUGGAGGAGGAGGAAUCGAAGAUGGAGCCGAGGGCGAGGGGUCGGGACUGGACAGCGACUCUGACUUCCUGGGAGAGUCGAUGGAGGAGGGGCUCAGCAGCACAGAUACCAGUCCUGUUGGCGUAUCUCCAGUAAGCCCCUCCCCCUCCUCACUGCUGACCCGGCAGCUUCAGGAGAGCUGGAGGAGCCUGCGUGGACUCGGGGGAGGAAGUCCCGUCCCCUCUGGGAGACGCCUGACGGACAGCUUGUUGUUUGAGGUCACUGAUGCCAGCGUGGUGCAGGAGGGCUCCUCAAAGUAUGUGCUGUACACCGUCCAUGUGAUCCAGGCCGGUGGCAGCGAUAAGACUCCAGCCAUCAUCACCCGCCGAUACUCUGAUUUCCAGCGCCUUCAUGCCAUGCUGCGCCGUAACCAUGGAGACCAGAUGGAGCGUGUGUGUUUCCCACGAAAGAAGCUGCACAGGAACUUCACAGCGGAGACGAUCGCCAAGCGGAGCCGGGCAUUUGAACAGUACCUGUCUCACCUGUGUUCACUGUCCGCCCUGCGGGGGGCGCUGUGUGUCCGACAGUUCUUCUACCUGACUGACCUGCAGACUGGACAGCUGCUCAUCCGGGUGGGACGUUACCAGGAGGCCUUGGGUCCGCUGCUCAACGCAAAGAGACUUCAACAUAAACUGGGCUGGGCAAGUUACUACGACAGCCAGGCUCAGGCCCCGCCCCCUGCCUCCUCCCAUUGGUUCUUCACUCUGGUGGGGCUGUCGUGCUGUUUCCAAGAAGUGGACCAGCUAGAGGAGGCUCGGGAUCACUGUGACCUCGCCCUGCGUGUCCUCACCCCCGCUGAGACUCAGACUAACACAGGGGACAAGCCCCUCCCUGUUGAUGACACGCCCCGCCCACAGACUGGUGCACCACGCCCAUGUAUCAACAGGCCCCACCCCCUCUUGUUGCCAUUGUUACGGGCAGUGGUCCGGUUGUCGUGGCAAACGGGAAGGAACAAACGGCAGUGGGAGGAGCUUCUGCAGCACCUGGAGGAGCAGUGGGUGGGGCUAGACAAUCAGCCAACCAUUAAAGAGUUUCUGGUAAAACACAACCUGCAGGAGAGCGAGGGGGAGGGCUAGAACAGCACACACACACACACACACACACAUACACACACACACACACACACUGCAGGGUACAAUCACUGUGCUGCAAUACAAGUGUUAAUAUUCUGGAAAAAACAAUGAGGAGAAUAAUGUGAGAAAAAGCAACUUUCCAGGAGUAAAGUCAUAAUGCAAACAAAUACAAAAAGCAGUAAAAGCAUAAUGUUCUGAAGGUUGUAAUAUUUCAAAAACACAUAAAAGACAUAAAAUUUCAAGAAAUAGUAUAUUUAUUUAUUUGGUAAUAUUUCAAGAAAAAAGGUCACAUUCAUUAGCAAAAUCUGAGUAUUACAAAAAAGUCAUAGUAUUCAAAAUAUAUAUGUAAUGUUUGAGAAUACAGUCGUACAAACAAGAAAAAUUCUGUCAGAAGAAAGAAGAUUUUUGCUUUGAGAUUGAAUCACAAACAUGUUUCAGCAUUUCCAGACAGCUUCUUUGUACUUUACCCGCUCACAUGACCGGCUCACAGCUCGGGUCUGAAAAUAUUUCUGCUUAUAGUAAAAGUUUCAAAAUUACAACUUUUUUUUUUUGUCAAAAUAUUUCAAUAUUUUUAUUUGCAAAUAUUAUUUAUUUAUUUUUCCUAGCAGAUACUAUGCAUCAUUCAUCUAUUCAGUCCUUUAAAGCCUUAAGGUCAUUAAUCACUGUGAUGCAUCGGAUCAGGAGCGAGAGCUGCAGCUCACAUGAUCCUGAAAACAUUAUCCCGGAUAGGACGACCUCUAAGAGUUGGUCUUAGCUGUGGUGACGUUUUUCCAGAGUAAAGAUAUUUCUGACAGUUGACAAGCUGAACAGUUUAGACGCUGGUUUAUGCUUUGGAGGAACGUUUGUUAGAAACCUGAGGACCGAUGGAUGUUUGUUAGAAGCAACAAUCAUGAUGUUUAUGUUUGAGCUUAUAUGGAGACGUGUUCACAUUUGUCUCUCAGUUACUUUUGGUCUUUGUACCAGUUAUGUUGCAUUACAUUUAUGUGCUGACCCGUGACCCACGUUAACAGAACCAGUUCUUUUCCAUCAGGAAAGAACCGUGCAUGGGUUUUGUUUCAGUGACGACAGUGUCAUGACGACAGGUCACUGCGGCUGAUGUAUGAUAGAGCAGCAUCAGCUGCUUGUGUUUUUCCGCUCCUCGUUUCUGAUGUUGGUGGCGACGCCUGCACACUGUGAUCUCCUCUCUCACAGAGGAUUAAAGGACAGGUUCACGAUUCUUCACAUAUCUUAAAACUAUAGUCAGGUGUUUGAAACAGGUGUUUUCACCGUGGAGAGAUUCCUUCAGUGUAAGCGAUGGAGGAGAAAAUCCAGUCAGUGGCCAGUUUACACAGGAGGAACGACUGCAGCAAGGAAACCCUGCAUCACUGUUCCUACAGGCACCGGACUGAUGCUCAGUGUGUCCUUUAAAGGUGCCCUGUGUUUGGUUUAUGUGAAGUGUUGUAUUCUUUAAGUCUGAGCGCACGAGCGUCUGCACGAGACAAACGAAACAGGGACAAGUAGACGUCAGAAACUCCACAGAGAACCUUUAAAGAACAUAAAGACGAUUAGCUUUAGUUUACACAGCAAUAAUCAGCUGAGUGGACAAUCGUCAUAUAUCACACAGUUACUGAGAAUGAAUCUGAGUUAUUGAUCAUGUUUCAUCUGUGACUGAACCGCUUUACAUUACAAUACAGUACUAUAAUUCCACCUUAAGGACUGUGACUCUGCAGCCCGAGCGCUUUUCAGAGACAGAAUGUUUCUGAACACGGCCGGGACUAAUCUCUGGGCAUCAACUCUCUGGUUAAGAUUUCAGUUUAGAUUUAAGGAACAGUUAAUUUUAUUACACUUUUUAAUCAGCAUCUGAGUGAAUCAGCGUCUUGGCAGGUUUCACCUGCAGCGUAUACUUUAAAUGAAAGCUUUGUCUGUUGCCAGUAUAUAAUCUUCAGCAUUUAAAGAGGCAUUAAAUCUCAUAACCUUCCUCAGCGCUGACGGAGCCGCACAGACUCCGACCUGAUGCAGCGUUUCUCUGCUUCAGCACACAAUCACGAACGUCUGUGUUUUUACGUGGAUUUGGUUUCUAUGGAGAUCAGUGGUUUUAGUGGUUAUGGCGACCUGGAGUGGAUGACUGGAUAAGGGACGAAAAUAGAUGUGAAGAACUGAUUUACAUCAGCAGGACAAAUGUGGAACAGAUCCGUUUUUCUAGUUUCCUGUUUAGAUGAAAUGAUCGGAACCACAAAGAGUCAAGUGAUUAAUUAAGGGACAAGACUAAGUAAUGAGCUCAUUAAUUAGUUAAUAAUAACACACAAGGGAAAAUGAUAAAAGCUGAAUGUGACCAUUAUAAAACAAACAUUAUAAACUAUGCACGUGCUCAGAUUCAUGCACAGAUUCUGACACUUCAACCCUAAAGUCUUCGUAACAUGUUGGAUGUGAGAGUUUAGUUUUUCUGCUCAGAUAUUCUUCAUUCAGUCACAGAGGCUGUGGAGAUGCUGCAUGAACACACCCAGCUGAACGACACAGUUUGAUGUACAACAAGUACAACAUGAUGCAAAUGUUAUUUCAGCCUGUUUGAUUUCGGUGUUUUAACCUGAGUG